CCCUGGGCUUUUGACCCCUCCCACCCCUCCUCCUCUUGCCUCCACUCACACCUUUGCCCCAUGACGUCAGUCUCUCGGGUGCAGAGCUGGCUGUGGCUGGGCCUGGAUCCUAGCGGCCAUGUUCUCUCUGCCGUCCCUCCCCUCCUGGCUCCCUGGCCUCUCCUCCCUCGAGUGGGGCUCCAGCCUCCUUGAUUCCUUCCUGCAAGGCCUCGUCGGGGCCUUCGGAGUCUCCAUCCUGAACAACCUCCUGAAGGUGUACUUCUUUGUGAGCUGUGCCAACCACCCAGAGCUGCGGCUGGAAAAGGAGCGGCUGCGGGCCCGGUGGGCCUCACUGGAGACCGUGCAUCUGGCCGGGCUGGCCCUGAUCCUGACCGUCAUAGGGGCCCGGGUGGCUGCCCUGGUGGUGCUGGAGUUCUCCCUCAGGGCCGUCUCCACAGUGCUCUCCCUGAGCAAGGGCUCCCGGGGCACUGAGAGGCUGCAGCUGUACCUGCUGUGCCAGUACUUGCUGGGCUGCGGGCUGACCUGCGGCCUGAGCUUCCUGCAGGAGGGUUCCUCUCACCGCACUCUGAACCUGCUGCUGGGCCUCGGGCUGGCCGCCCUGCUUAGUUCAGUCGCCCAGCGCCUCUGCCGUCACGUCUGUCGUCUCUAUGAGCUGCACAGCAGCCAGCACUACUGUGGGGUCUGCCUGGGCCUGCUGGCCAGUGCACAUGGCCUCCCCCGGCUGCUGGGCCGUGCCCUGGCCGUGGCCUUUGCCGUGGGCGACCUGGCAGCCGUGGCUCUCAUCAACCGGGACUUCCUGACCACUUCGGAGGCUGUGCGCUUCUGGACACCGCUCACCAUCUGCUACACCCUACUGGUCAUCUAUAUGCAGGAGGAGCAGCGGCUGCACACCGGCCUGCAGAGCCAAAUCCAGACAGUGCUGGUGCGCAUGGGCGGCCUGUUCGUGCUGCUGCUGACCGUGGGCCACUGGCUGGACCUCCUGGGGAUCCUCAUCUCCCUGCUGGGCGAGAUCUGGUGCCUGGUGGGCGUCCGCUCUCUGCUUGACCUUUGCCAGAUACAGGAUUUUUCAUCCCAGAAGCCUUUCGUGUCAGCUCCAGUCCAGCCCCGGUCCUCAGCCCCUGCCCAGCCGCAGGGGACAGCUGCCUCCUGACCUGCCUCAGCAAGGACUCAGUCUGUUUCAGGCCCACCCAGGCUCACCUGGGGGCCUCGACCCCAGCAUGCUGCCUGGAGGCAGAGUGGCAGGUGGGCCCCCACCUGAAAUUUGGGGCAGGCGCUGGAGCCCCCGAGGUGGAGGAGAAGGUUUAGGGUUGGGGCCCUCAAAAGUGGGGCACCUAGAGGCAGAUUAACCUUUCUUUUUCUCAGGGUGGGCAAUGGACCCACAGCACUCUCAGACCUGCCUUUGGGGGGAAUGAAGAUGGGGGACAAGUGCAGCCUUAGAACGGCUUCCCCCUUUACUGGCCUCCCUUGCCUUCUCCAUGAACAAUAAAGAUGGUUUUCUCAA